AUGAAUCUGUUACAUCAGCCAAGAAACCUUAAAAAACGACUAACAAUUUCGAAAGAAUUGGCUUAGAGAAAGUAGAGCAUUAUUUAGCAUAUUUAAUGUAUUUUAUUUAUUAGAAUAUGUUUUAGCUGGUACUCAAUUAGCUAAAUAAGACUCUUGUUCCAAAAUAAACAAAUAAGAAAAAUAAAAUCGAAAAUCAUCAAUUGAUUCAUCACUUCAUUCGCAUUCUUCGUUCUUUGUUCAAAAAAAGUUAUAUAUAAAUUAAAAAUAGAAACUAAAAAGAAAAAGAAUUAGAGGAGUAUGAUGAAUACUAAUUAAAUUCCUCUGAGUAUUCAGAACAAUCCAUACUGACAAUUCAAUUUGUUAAUUUAGAAUAAAAAAAAACUUCGAAAUAAUUUAUAGAAAUAUUAAAUGAUAAGAACCACUAAUUUAAAGCGGACUUUGAUGAAGAAAUUUCAGAAAUAAAAAAUCAUGAAAAACUAUCAAAAUAUGCAGAACUCUUUGCUUUAGAAUAAGAUGAUCACUUUGAGAAUGAAGGAGCUUAUGAAAAAAUAGUGAAAAGAUAUGAAAAAUAUUAUUAACGCAAUCCAUUUUAGGAUCCAUUUUAUAUACAAUUAGUACCAUUGAAAGGAAUCAAUAGAUUAUUUUAUGAAUUAAAAGUAAAUUUAUAUUUAAUUUUAAGAAAUAUUAAGAUAACAUUAAAUUUUUAAAAUUUAGAAAAUUAGUUGUUUUUUUAUCAUUGAUAUUUCCUAUUUUAGCAAACGACAUGAUGAAUAGUAGGAUAUAUAAAAUUUUGAUGACUAUUUUGAUAUUGUUUAAUGUUUCCCUUUUUAUUGUAGUAAAGACAGAACAUAGAGAAGAUACAUUUGAAAUAGAAUAAGCCGUAACGAUAUUAUUUAUUAUUGAAAUUAUAGUGAGAAUUUUAGUUUCAGGAAUCUUUUUUACAAAAAAUGCAUUUUUUCUCAGAAUGCAAGAUAUUUAUGAUUUCACUUUAAUAUUCGCAACUACAAUAAAUCUUUAUUAUCCAGAAAUAUUUAUCAUUGAUAUUUCACCAUUGAGAAUGAUCACACUGUUAUUUUAUUUGGGAGAUAUUUUUCAUGAUUUAUAAGUAAUGUUAAAAGCUUUAAAAUAAUCAAUAAAAUUUUUGAUUGAAGCUUUAAUGAUAGUCGGUCUUUUUUCUCUUUUUUUUGCAAUAUGUGGAGUAUUUCUAUUUCAAGGAUUAUUCAAUUAUAGAUGUGUAUUUGAAAAUGGAGAUGAAGUAGAUGGUUGGAUAUAAUGUCAUUAAAAUUAAUGUUAUGAAGAUGGUAUGAUAUGUAAAUUUACAAAUGAAACUCCUAAGAUGCCAACAUCAUUUAAUAAUGUUAUAUUUUCAUAUGGUUAGAUAUUAAGAACAAUAACAAUGGAUGAUUGGAGUUGGGUAAUGUUUUUUACAAUGAGAAUAUUUCAUCCUUGGAUUUGGAUCUAUUAUUUAUUAAUUAUUUUUGUAGGUGGAUUUUUCGGAUUCAAUUUAGUUAUUGCUGUUCUUAAAACACAUUAUGCAGAGGCUGCAGAAGAAAGUUCUAAAAAACAAGAGGAGGCAGAAAUUAAUAAAUUAAUAAAGGAUAAUUAAGAGCAUCCAGAGAGAGAACUCAUAAAUGUAUUUGAUGUAGCAUUCUUAAGAUAUAUUGGCUUUUUUUCAACUAUUCAAAAGUAUAGGGAAUGUUUUGAAAGCAAGAUUCUAAUGACUUAACAUUUAGAAUCAGAAUCAUAAAUGAAUAAAAAUAUUUAGGAAGCAAGAACAUUAUCGGCUGCUUAAAAAAAAUUAAGUGGUCAAUAUGUAUUAAAUUUUAAAUAUAAAUUAGAGUUUGGAAAACUAAAGUUUAUUUACUAAAAUAUAAUAAUUUACUUUGAAAAACAUAUUAUUAAGAAAAUUUAGAUUGCUAAAAUUUUAAUAAUUAAAAAUUAAUAUCAAACAUUAUUCAGAGGAUCCAUUAGAGUUGGAGAUUCUUUAAAAAUUAUUAAGUACAUCUUACUCUUGUUUAUAAUCUUAAGUCAAUUAUUAAUUGGAAUAAAAUUAUUCUAGUUAAAAUGACAUUUUAUUAAAAUUCAUGUAUAUCUAUAAAAUAUUAUUAGUUAGAUAGAUUUGGCAUUGCAAGAAGAAAAAAAAUUCAAUCCUGAAAAACUGAGAAAAAUAAAAUUUAAACAUUAAUAUCCAAAUUGGUCAAAUUAAAUUAAACAAAUAAAGAAAUAAGCUUAAUAAUAAAAAUAAUUGUAGAGAAGUUAUUUCCCCCUCAAAAAAAGACAACCUAAAUGGAAUAUAUAAUUUAAAUAAGAAGAAAAAGAGUAAGAAGAAACAAGUAAGAACUCUUAUGAUAUGCCUGAAAAAUCUCCAGAAUAGAAAAAUUAAAAUUAAAAUUUGAAUUUGAAUUUGUAAAAAAAAGUUUCAUAGAAAAGAAAAUCUAAAAAGUUUGCUAAAAUUGUAGACGGCUAAGCUCUGAUAUAUGUAUAAGGAUACUAUAUAAAUUAUGAUGAAAUAAAAGAUAAAAUUAAUUUAAAGAUUCCAAUAAUAAAAAAUCAUUUUACUAGCAAUUAAUUUAAAUAUCGAAAAUUACGGGAAAAAGAAUUACAGUCUGGAAAAAUAAUUACCAAAAGCAAUUGGUCUGGAAAGGAUAUAUUAGUAUUAAAUACGAAAAACCUUGAAUAUUUCAAUCUAAUUUUUGCAUAAUUAAACUAAAGAGAUAUUUUAAUAUGGAUGAAAGGUUUGAAGGGGAAAAUUCAAAACUUUACUAAAUAUGCAAAUAUCAUAAUAACAAGUUCAAUCAGUAGGGUUUGUUUUGAUUUAGUAAUAUUCAUAAAUUUUACAUUUCUUUCACUCUGGAAUAUUGCAGACUCUAAUACUAUUCAUUAAAUUGAGAAUGUGUCAACUGUAUUACUUUCAAUCGAGUUAUUUUUACGAGUAACUUCAAUAAAAAUAAAAGAUUUUACUAGUAAUCCUAAUUAUGUGUUUUAAGCAGCAAUAGUGAUUUUGAAUAUAAUUGAAUUAACAAUAAAAGAUCUGUUAAAUGAUUUUGGUGAGUAAAAUUUAAGAUUAAUCAGAGGAACAAAAUGUUUGUUAUUUUACAGAUGUCUAAAAUAUAACGCAAUGGCUGUUAGAAUUGGACAUAUUGCUUCAAUGACAUUUAAAUAAUAUAUUUAUCUGACAUUUUUAAUGUUUCUUGUAAUAUUUAUGUAUGCUUUGGUUGGCAUGGAAAUGUUUGCAGGUGAAUUUGAUUAAACUGAUACUUUAGGAUAAUUACAUUCAUAUGAUAAUAUUUUUAAGGCUUUCAUGACGAUAUUUAACAUCAUGACCAAUGAUGAUUGGUAUGGAGUUUAUGUUAUGGGGAGUGAAUUAAAUUAUACUUUUGCUGUAAUAUAUUCAUAUUCAAUGGUUAUAAUAUUAAAUUAUUUAACAUAUGGUUUAUUUAUGGCUGUUUUAUUAGAUGGAUUUGGAAAAUAUUUAAAUUAAUCAACUGAAAAUGCCCCCUUGUUUAAUGAUCAAUAACAUGCUGAAAUAACACAAAACUCAAAUGAAGAACUUGAGAAGCAAGUUUAAUAAACUAUUCUUAGUCCAAUAGGAAGUUAAACUCAUAUUAUAUUAGAAAACAAUUAAACCAAAUCUAAAGUUGAUUUGAUUACCAAUUUUUUUAAAUCUAUCAGUAAUUAUUUAAUAAUUAAUUAGUUUAGAAUAAUUAAAUAAAGAAUUAUUGAAUAAAACGCCUAAACUUUAUGUUGGGAUUGAAUGCUAGAGUUCUCUCUAUAUUUUUGGGAAAGAAAAUAUCAUAAGAAUAGUCUGUACUAAGAUUGCCACAUCGAUUAUUUAUGUGUAUUUUAUGGAUUUAGUUUUAUAUGCUUCUAUGGUGACAUUUAUUAUGAAUACCUAUUACGAUUAUGAGGAUAGCUCAAAUAAAACAUGCAAUAUCAUUUAAUUCAUAAUAAAUGUUUGGAUGUCAAUUGAUAUCUUAAUUAAUGUCAUAGCUAAAGGUUUAUUUUUAGAUAAAGGAUCUUAUUUCAUUUCUGUAUGGUAAAUUUUGGACAUUAUAUAUAUGAUAUCCCAUUUUAUAACAUUUGGUACAUCAGAUUACUCGUAAAUUUUAGAUUUCUUUUUAUAUUUUGGGUAUUUGAGACCUAUGAAACUAUUAUUUCGGAUUAGUUGGUUAACUUAGUUAAGAAUAGCUCUUGGAUACUCUUUAGUUGAUAUCACAAAUGUUUUAAUUACAAUGUUAUCAGUAUGGAUCAUGUUUGGAGUUUACGGUAUAAUUCUUUAUGAAGGUUCUUUUGGCUUUUGUGAUGAUAAAAUGAAUUUUGAAAUUAAUUUUGAUUAAUGUAUUAAAGAAGAUAGACAUUGGAUUAAUUAUAAACAUAAUUUUGAUAACAUCACAGUUGCAAUCCCAACUCUGUUUGUAACCUCAACAUUAGAUGGUUGGGGAGAAAUUUAUUAAGUAGCAGAGAAUAGUUAAUUAUCAAACAUAGGGCCUUAGGCAUUUAAUAGUUAUAUUUACACCUAUUUUUUCUUUAUAAUAUUUGUGUUCAUAGGGUCAAUGUUCUUUUUAAGUUUAUUUACAGGAGUUUUAUAUUCAAAUUUAAAGGAAAAUUAGCAGAAAAUAGAAAUGACUGAUGUGACUUAAUCCUAAAAGGAAUUCCAAGAAAUCUCUUCAAUCAUUAUUAAAGAUUUUCCAAUAUUUAGUUCUCCUCCUACAAAUGGUAUAAGAAAAUUUGCAUCAGAUAUAACGAAUAAUUCUUAUCUAUUGAUUUUCAUGUAUCUCAUGCUCAUACUAGAUUUAAUAAUUUUAUUGUUAUUUGAAUCAGAUAUGAGUGAAGAUUAUUUUAGAGCAGUUAAUAAUGUUCAUAAUGCUUUAACUGUACUAUAUGUAGUUUGGAUUAUAUUAUUAUUUUUGGCCUUAGGUGUUGGUAGAUUUUUUGAUAAUUAUUGGAGAAAAUUUUACUUUGUUUUAAUUUUGGUAUCAAUAGUUGAUUUUAUUGCUGAUUAUUCAAUGGAUUGGAUAAUGAUUUAUUAUAGAUCAACUCCAUAUGAUAAAGGUUAUUAGAUAUUAAGAAUUUUCUUUUCACUUAGAAGUCUAAGAGUUAUCCUUAUAUUUUAGGGAUUAAUAAAUUUAUAAAGAUUAAUGAGAGUAAUGGUAUUUGCAUUGCCUUUUUUAGGUAAAAUAUUUACAAUAUUAAUGAUCGCAAUGCUAAUCUUUGCUUUGAUAGGUUGUUAGUUAUAUGGUUAAAUAGAUAGUGGAGCAGUGAUGGAUGAUUAAAUAAAUUUCUAAAAUGUAGCUUAAGCACUCUUAGCUUUAUUCAAAUGUGCUUCAGGAGAUGAUUGGAGAACAAUAAUGACAGACACCAUGUAACAUAAUCCUCUUUGUCUCCAUGAUCCUAAAUAUUGUGGUAGUGUGAACAAUUAGUAUUUCUUUUUCCUUUUUAUGCUCUUGUCAAAUUAUGUAUUGUUGAAUCUUUUUGUUCUUGGAUUGAUUGAAUAAUUUGAAUAAUUCUUUUAAUUGUAAAACUCUCUAAUUCAAACUUAUGUUGAAAAUGUUGAUAAAAUUAAAACAGUUUGGUGUAAAUACUCCUCUGAAACUUAAGGACAAGCUAUGAAUUAUAAGUUCUUGUGUAAGUUUCUUUUGGACAUUGGAAAACCUUUAGGGGGAGGAAAAGAAGAAAAUUUAUGGGAUGUGGCAAAAUUAGCAUCAAGCUUUAAGCUAUAAUGGUAACUAUUAUUUCAUUAUAAAUAGUGAUCAUUAUGGUUUUAUUCAGUACAAUUAAUUGAUGUAUGAACUUUUUAGAAGAUGCUUUGUAAAUGAAGUUUUUAAAGAAGGAUCUGAGAGUUCAAUUCUCAAAAUCAAAUAAUUCAAUAAGGAGAUGCAAUUAAGAUUAAUGUAUUAUAGGAAAAAUAGAUUAUUGGAGAGAUCGAAUAUAAGUCCAAAUAAGUAACUUAAAGCUAAUUUUAAUAUUUUGCAUGACUAUUUAACUGUCCUCAUUUUAUUUAAGACAUGGGAGUCUUAUUCCAAAUUAAUUUUUUAGAAGAUUUGUAGGGAAGGCAACUUUUCAGACAGCGAUGAAAUUUCAAUUCACAAUGACAAAAAGAGCAAAUAGAAGUAUUUACUUUAUUUGAAAUAUAGCUUCAACAAUUUUGAAUUUGAUGAUGAUAUAUCAGAAUCUGAUAACAUGACACAAAAAUAGAUGAUUAAUUAGUUUUCUUAACAAUUUAAUAAUUCUUUAAAUCUGAAUUCAAUAAUGCAACAUAGCAGUAGUAUUUAGAGUGCCCCAAAGAAUCAUAUGAUUGGAAGUAUUAAAUAAACAAGUUAAAGGAAGGUGUAGAGUUUUAGAAACAAAAAAAAGGGCAAUCAAAAAAUCAACAUCAAUGAAUAAUUGUAGGAGCCUUAGAAUAAUAAUCAAGAACUAAAACACUACAACUCUCUCAAAAGCUAAUCUUAAAUAGAUUAGGAAGAAAAACUACCCUAUUACAAAAAUCAGUUUGAUCUCUCUUUGUAAAGUGACUAUAGAGAAGGUACAUUAUUAAAUGUAAGAAAAAAAUAUUGA